CUUAUCUGAGUUAUCUCCAUACAUUAGAAUCAAUAUAAAUUGUUGGCUCUCGUAAGAUCAAGUCCACAAUCCUCAAACUCUCCUCCAAUGGCUACUCUUGUUUCUUCGUCCUCUCUUCUCCAUUCUUCUUCUUCUUUCAACUCUUCUUCUUCAACUUCAUUAAUCUCCACUGUUUCACGCUUCUCUCUUAAACUUUCUUCUUCUUUUUCUUCUCUGUCUUCUUCUCUUUCGAUUUCACCAUCUUUCCUUGCAUACCCAACAACUAAUUCUAGGCGGUUUUCUAUCUCCCAGUACUUCACUGUCCAGGCAAGUGCAGCUGAGAAGAAGAAGGUGCUUAUUGUUAAUACAAACAGCGGUGGUCAUGCAGUCAUUGGAUUCUACUUUGCUAAAGAAUUGCUGGGUUCUGGUCAUGAUGUUACCAUUCUUACUGUUGGAGAAGAGAGCUCUGAUAAGAUGAAGAAAACUCCUUUCAACAGAUUCUCAGAAAUUACCGGUGCUGGUGGUCGAACAGUAUGGGGUGAUCCCGCAGAUGUUGGGAAGAUUUUAGAGGGGGAAGUAUUUGAUGCUGUUUUGGACAACAACGGUAAAGACUUGGAUGCUGUAAGGCCUGUGGCUGACUGGGCCAAGAGUUCAGGUGCGAAGCAAUUUUUGUUUAUCAGCAGCGCUGGAAUUUACAAGUCAACUGAUGAGCCUCCUCAUGUUGAAGGGGAUGCUGUGAAAGCUGAUGCUGGCCAUGUGGGAGUCGAGAAAUACAUCUCCGAGAUAUUUGAUAGUUGGGCAAGCUUCCGUCCCCAGUAUAUGAUUGGCUCUGGCAAUAACAAGGAUUGUGAGGAAUGGUUCUUUGAUCGUAUUGUUCGUGGACGACCAGUUCCAAUACCUGGAUCUGGAAUGCAGCUAACCAACAUAGCACAUGUCAGGGACUUGUCAUCCAUGCUUACUGCGGCUGUCCAGAAUCCAGCUGCUGCUAGCGGUCACAUCUUCAACUGUGUUAGUGACCGUGCUGUGACAUUGGAUGGAAUGGCCAAAUUAUGCGCUAAAGCUGCUGGACUCUCUGUUGAGAUUGUGCAUUAUGAUCCCAAAGCAGUGGGAGUUGAUGCAAAAAAAGCUUUCCCUUUCCGCAACAUGCAUUUCUAUUCUGAGCCUAGAGCUGCGAAGGAGAUUCUGGGAUGGAGUGCUACGACUAACCUACCGGAAGAUUUGAAGGAGCGAUAUGAUGAGUACGUGAAGAUUGGCAGAGAUAAGAAACAAAUGAAGUUUGAACUAGACGAUAAGAUACUAGAAGCUCUAAAAGUACCAGUUGCUGCUUGAUUAACCUCAUCCCGCAUAUUUUUACAUUCAACUUUUUAAAUUUGUGCUAUUUAUAGAGAAGGUGCAUGUCUAUCAUUCUUCCCUACAAUUUCUCUAAAUUUUGUAAGAAAAUGAUCAAGUUCAAGAAUCGAGAUAUAUGAUCUAAACUGUUCAGCACGUUAUGUGCAAAGUUAUUUAUGUUGAAUGACAAGCUUGGCCCAAGGCUUGCUGCAUUA